AUGAGUCUUUUUGUGAGUUAUUUAAAAUAGAUAGAUUUUUUUGGAGCUCCAUUAGUUUAGCAAAUCGACAAAGAACAAUCUAUUUAUAAAAGUAUAUUAGGCGGAGUAAUGACAUUGCUAAUUUGUUCAGCUAGUCUUUCAUAUGCAAUUUGGGUUAUUUAUUUAUGGUAAAUAAACUAAUUUAGCCCUAAGAUUUCAAGUUCUGUCUAUGUUUCAGACUUUAAAUUAUUAGAUAUCAACUACGAUGUUAUAAAAAUUUGUUAUUACAAAUAUGAAGAAAACUUAAUUGAUCCCUUUGAAGCUAAAGUGCUUCUUCCUUUAAUAAUUUAUACAGAAAACUACACAUUUACUGAAACUACAUUAUUAGACAUAUCGAACAAAACAACUUAUUACGGAAAUAGAUUUAUAAUUCCAUAAAUGAAAUUAGGAUUCACAAAUAUCAAUGAUUAGUUGAUAACUACAUCUGAAAUGUACAUUUAAAUAGUUAAAUGCACGCCUGAGUAUUUAAAAGAUGGAGAGGAAUGUGCAACAGAGGAAAUCAGUAAUUAAUUUUUCAAUCAAGCAUAAAAUAUUAUAAUAAUGUAAGUUUAAUACAAAUAGUUAAAUUCCAAAGAUGGAUCAAUUUAGUCAAGUGUUUAAGAAUUUUUUGUUUAAAUAGAAAAACCUAAUUGCUAUUCUUUGAACACAUUCUUACAAAGUAGUUUUUAUGAAGUAAAAGAUUCAUUCCUUUUUGGGUAUCCAAAAUAUUUUGAAUUUGUUAAUGGUGCCUUAAUUCAACCACAAACAAAUUCAGUUUAAUAUUGCCAAUAAGCAUAUGGAGAUGAAACAUAUGCAUCUCUUUAUGUAGUAAUGAAAGGAAAUUAAAUUAAAACUAUUUUUGAAUAUCCAAAUGCAGGCGACCUACUUGCUAAUAUUGGGUCGAUUGUUUCAAUCUUAUUCAUGCUUAGACAUUUAAUAGUGAUAUUCAAUUCACAUUUUUUAAAUGAAAAAAUAGUGCAUGACUUAAUAACCUACUAUUAUCCACAAUUUCCUUAGAUUAAGAUAUACAAAAAUUGGAAGAGAGAUAUAGUUAAGGUGGUUCUACAUAAUUAGCAACUUGAUUUAAAUGAAUACUUGAGGUUCUAUUAGAACAUCAAAUAAAAAAUAGAGCAAAAACUAACUUUUGUUAAUAUGGUUUAUGAGAUAUCUAGAAUUUAUAUAUUAAUCAGAGCUGAUAAAUUGCAAAAUGAGAUUAAAAAAUGCCAUGCAGUAGGGUUGAAACUAGAUCAUCUCAAAUUGUCUAGUGUUGUAAUUGAUCCAUUUUCUAAAUCGAGUUGCACUUCUAGAGAAAUAGAGGAACAAACUCUUAAUGAUGAAGAUAUCGGAAUUCUUUCUUUGUAAGAACGAUAAAUUUAGUCAAAAGUCUAGAUACCUGAUGAGGAGGCUGAUUUGAUCAACUUUUACGACAUAAAUAAAGUGAAAUUUUGA